AUGAUGCCAAUAGAAAAGGUUGCAGAUGAAAACGGUGACACCUUGACCCUACUGUUCUGCAAUGGAAUGUACUGGGCGCCAGUGUUCAAUGAGCAAGCGAUUGAAAACAUGAGGGAUUUGCCUUUGAGGACAGACGAUAUUCUUCUCUGCUCGUAUCCAAAGUCUGGAUGUCAUUGGGUUUGGGAGAUCGUUCGAAUUCUACUGGCCGGACAGAUCAGUCAUGGGGAAGUAGUGCACAAGGAAUCCUUCAUGUUGGAAUGGAACCCACAUGAUGUUCUUGCAUCAUUGCCGUCACCUCGUGUUCUCAAUACUCACACCCCUUUUGAACUGAUGCCCAGAGAUUUGCUGGUCAAGAAACCGAAAGUUGUCUUCUACUACAGAAACUUCAAAGAUUUAGCAGUCUCGUUUUACUAUCAUCACACGGGAAUUCCACCUUUUGAGUAUAACGGCAGUUUUGACGCCCACACCAAGCUUCUAGUGAAAGGCACAAUUGAUCACGGAAGUCCAUUUGAUUACAUCCGAGGCUGGGAGAAAGGCAUUUCUGAAAACCCCGACCUGUCUGUUUUUGUUGGCUCGUAUGAGGAUUUAAAAGAGAACAGCUUGGCAGAAGUGAGGCGAUUGUCAGAGUUUUUGGGUAGAGAUUACAGCGACGAGUUUCUGCAACAAGUUUGUGACUUCACCAGUUUUGAAAGCAUGAAGAAGCUGAAAGCAGAUCUGACUUUCAAAACCAAGGAAGGAGAAUCCGUCAUGUAUAGGAAAGGACAAGUUGGUGACUGGAAGAAUCACUUUACAGUGGCGCUCAAUGAAUGGUUCGAUGAAAUCAUCCAACGAGAAAAUGCAGACUCCAAGCUCAAGUUUAGAUACACGUUGUAA